AGGGCGGGGCCCGUGAAUUCGUCAGGGACGAUCCCGGCGCCUGCGCACAGAGGAUACAGGUCCGGCCUUUGCGAGAGCGCGCCGGUCGCAAGAUGGCUGCGGCCAUGCGAGGCCUUGCUGUAUGUGCGCAGCGGGCGGCGGAGCAGCCGGGACAGCAGGGGCAGCGACGACACUAGCUCAGCCUUCAGCCAUUCUGUUAGAACGCCACCCCAGCCUUUGCCUUCUUCGUCCGAGAUGGAUCUGACCGUGGGCCCCGGUGCAGCGGGGCCCAGCAACGUCCCGGCCUUCCUAACCAAGCUGUGGACCCUCGUGAGCGACCCGGACACAGACGCGCUCAUCUGCUGGAGCCCGAGUGGGAACAGCUUCCACGUGUUUGACCAGGGCCAGUUUGCCAAGGAGGUGCUGCCCAAGUACUUCAAGCACAACAACAUGGCUAGCUUCGUGCGGCAGCUCAACAUGUAUGGCUUCCGAAAAGUAGUCCACAUUGAGCAGGGUGGCCUGGUCAAGCCUGAGAGGGAUGACACCGAGUUCCAGCAUCCUUGUUUCCUGCGUGGACAGGAACAGCUCCUUGAGAACAUCAAGAGGAAAGUGACCAGCGUGUCCACCCUGAAGAGUGAGGACAUAAAAAUACGCCAGGACAGUGUCACCCGGCUGUUGACAGAUGUGCAGCUGAUGAAGGGGAAACAGGAGUGUAUGGACUCCAAGCUCCUGGCCAUGAAGCACGAGAAUGAAGCCCUGUGGCGGGAGGUGGCCAGCCUUCGGCAGAAGCAUGCCCAGCAGCAAAAAGUUGUCAACAAGCUCAUUCAGUUCCUGAUCUCACUGGUGCAGUCGAACCGGAUCCUGGGGGUGAAGAGAAAGAUCCCUCUGAUGUUGAGUGACAGCAGCUCAGCACACUCUGUGCCCAAGUAUGGUCGACAGUACUCCCUGGAGCAUGUCCAUGGUCCUGGCCCAUACUCAGCUCCAUCUCCGGCCUACAGCAGCUCUAGCCUUUACUCCUCUGAUGCUGUCACCAGCUCUGGACCCAUAAUCUCCGAUAUCACUGAGCUGGCUCCUCCCAGCCCUUUGGCCUCCCCAGGCAGGAGCAUAGAUGAAAGGCCUCUGUCUGGCAGUACCCUGGUCCGUGUCAAGGAAGAGCCCCCCAGCCCACCUCAUAGCCCCCGGGUACUGGAGGCGAGCCCUGGGCGCCCAUCCUCCAUGGAUACCCCUUUAUCCCCAACUGCCUUCAUUGACUCCAUCCUUCGAGAAAGCGAGCCUACCCCUGCUGCCUCAAACACAGCCCCUAUGGACACAACCGGAGCCCAAGCCCCCGCACUCCCAACCCCCUCCACCCCUGAGAAGUGCCUCAGCGUAGCCUGCCUAGACAAUUUGGCUCGCGCUCCACAGAUGUCUGGGGUCGCCCGCCUCUUCCCCUGCCCCUCUUCCUUUCUGCAUGGCCGAGUCCAGCCAGGGAACGAGCUAAGUGAUCACCUGGAUGCCAUGGACUCCAACCUGGACAACCUGCAGACCAUGCUGACAAGCCACGGCUUCAGUGUGGACACCAGCGCCCUGCUGGACCUGUUCAGCCCCUCGGUGACCAUGCCCGACAUGAGCCUGCCUGACCUGGACAGCAGCCUGACCAGCAUUCAGGAGCUUCUAUCUCCACAAGAGCCUCCCAGGCCUAUUGAGGCAGAGAAUAGUAACCCCGACUCAGGAAAGCAGCUGGUGCACUACACAGCUCAGCCUCUGUUUCUGCUGGACCCUGAUGCUGUGGACACAGGGAGCAGUGAGCUGCCUGUGCUCUUUGAGCUCGGGGAGAGCUCCUACUUCUCUGAGGGAGAUGACUACACGGAUGAUCCCACCAUCUCUCUUCUGACGGGUACUGAACCUCACAAAGCCAAGGACCCCACUGUCUCCUAGAGCUCUUGGGAGUUGUCAGGCUGGCUUGUGCCUGGCCUCCAACCUAUCCCUAGGACUAGGGAGACAAGACAGUUGGGUAGUCCAGGGGAUCCUAGGUCAAGCCACCACAACCCCAAUGAUGCACAGAUGGAACUUGGGCCUGGGCAAUACCUUGGAUCAGGAGGAAGAUUCUCGGGGCUGCAUACCUGCUGCCUUCACCCCAGCCCCAGGUCUACUCUCUGGUCAGAGCUUCAUAGCCACACUUGGACUGAUCCUGCAGGUUGUUCAUAAAAUUGUAUUUUGGAUUUUUACAUGAGAGUCCCCUUUAACCCUUCACAAAUAAAUAUAUAUAUAUACAUA